AUAGCUAUAACUCUGUGAGUGGUGACGGCCCACCACUGAGUAUUUAUUAUUUAGGUACCACAAAUAUUUGGGGCAAAUUUCCCAGCAAUCCAUCCAAAAGUCAAGAUGUUACCAACAAUGGUGGCCCUAGAUAAAAAAUCAGGGGACGACCAAAGUUUAUCAUUAUUUAUUUUCUAAGAAAGCAUUAUCUGUCAAGUAAAUUUCUCAACACCGAUCAGUGAUUCCAAACUUUUGUUGAUAUGUCUGCCCUUGUUUUUGGACUCCAGGCCGUCUAUCAGUGAUAAUCUAAAAAUCAAUAGUAGUCUGUUCCCUGUUCACUGUGGAAGCACACGCUGCAUCAUGGGACGUAUUUCUCCCUGCAGCUACAAAAUCGUCUCAAUCACCCACUGUUUUCAGCAACUCUCUCUCUCUCCUAGUUUAUGUGUCCUCCCUCCUCCUCCUCAUUCCACUCUCAACCUUUACUGUGUUCUCUUUACCUCCUCAAGUUCUCAUUUUGAUUUUGAUUUUCACUGUCUGUUGGACAGGAAAGAAAAUCUUGUGGAGUUCCAAAUCCCUCACCCCUCUGCCUUUUUCAUCCUCCCCUUCCUUUUAUCUCUCCCACCAUUUCCUCUCUUUCUACCAUCUCUCCAUCAGUCUUUAUCUCCCUCCCUCCUCCCUCCCUUUCUUGCUACUCAUUCCUCCUUGCUAUCUUGUACCCUACCUCCCUCUUUUCUUUCGUCCCUCCUCUCUCGCUCUCUUUCUCUUCAGACUCUCAGUGUCUCUCGCCCACACACCACAUCAACAGCUACCAUCCAGACCAAGCUGGGCUAAGGAUGUUUACUCCAUGCUUUUAUCAUAUGGCCUAAUGACAUUUAAUUGCUUUGUUUGCCUAAUGAGCUCUGGGACAGGGACCAACGCAAUGCAACUCGAUCCAACCUGCCAGCCCCACACUGGAACUGCAAAAGGGACAUAUCAGAGGGUGGUUGAGGAUCGGUAGUGGCGAGUCUUUUCGAUGGAGUGUUGAUGGGGAAGAGGAGCAGCUGAACGAAGAGAGGAAUAGGGUGGUUUGCGUUGGUCUGGAUAAGAACUUCUUCAAAGGAGACACGGCCGACAGUGGACUGCAACAUUGGAGACGCAUUUGAUAAAGAAAGAAGGUUUUGAUUUGAGUUACGUUUGAGUAGCAGUAGAUUAGAUGUAGACAGUAGAGCAAAGCAGGUUUCUAAGGUUAGAGGUCAAAUAAGAAACAGCAAAAGUUACGAAAAGACACAGAAACCGAAGAUGGCCAAAGGUCCAAUCGGUGGUCAGAGUAGAUUUUGUUAGAGGACAAGUGCUUUUGGAAGUACUCAUGUACACAGGAGAGCAUGUAAGGUAACAGUUGAGUAGAGUUCAGUUGAAAUGACCAAAUUUGGAGCUUUCUAGAAGGAGACGCCAAACAAACAGCCCGAAGUAAAAGGUGUUGAAAUGGACCAUUGUGUGAUUUUCUAAGAGAAGAAGAAACAAUUAGUUAAGAACAGUAUAGCUAAGACAGAGGCAGUAGAGUAGAGACUAGAGUAUAGUGGACUUUGAAUCUGAGCCAUGGAGCUGCUGGAGGCUUUCUACCGCAGGAAGCUCCGGAAGAAGCAGAAGAAGGCCGAGCUGGGCCGGUCGGACGGGGCGCUGUGUCGGUCGCCAUCAGAGGCCAGCGUCAACGGCCUGGCGACUGGCCUCAUCUCCAGAGUCCUCAGGUUCACCUCCAGACGCAGUGAGCCGGCGUCCCGUCCUCACUCUUGGCAUUCAACGAAGCUCGGUGAAGGUCAACAAACGUCGGAUAAGGGAGGGAUGGACACGAUGAGCAGCGCCUGGCACCACAGCUACCAUGCCAGUGCCUCUACCACCGACCUGUCCGGCGGGUUUGACUCGGGCGGCAGCUACCUGAGGAAGAGUCCGGACCAGUACAGCUCUAGGGGCAGCAUGGAGAGCCUGGACCCCCCUCAGUCCUCCCAGCUUCACUCCGGAGCUCAGCACCACCACCCACUGGGCCACCACACCCACAGCGGACCCCACCCGGCCUACUCCUCCUGCCACCAGCUGUCCUCUGCCAGGUCCUCCAACAGCAUCGACCACCUCCACAGCAAACGAGACUCUGCCUACUCCUCGUUCUCCACUAGCUCCAGUAUCCCAGAGUACCUUGCCUCCAACCCCUCCUUUAGCUCGGAGCGCUCCUACUCGCUGGAGACCGUCCCUCAGAGAGAAGGAGAAAGUGGUGAGAUGCAGCAGGCUGACGUAUGUUACGUCCGGACGGUUUACGAAGCCCAGCAGGGCCUAUCUCAAGAUCACGAGCUGAGCUCCGCCUCCACUGCUUCGCUACGCAACAGCGAUUCCAGAGGUGGAGGAGGGGCGAGGCCAGGGCUAAACCGCGAUCUGCAAGGUUCAGUGGGUGGGGUCUGUUACCGUGGCAGCUGCAGUGGCAGCAGCAGCAGUAGCGGCAGCAGCAGCAGCGGCACAAACAGACACAGUGUGGGUCCAAUGUGGGGCCCAUCAACCAGCCGCAGCUCCUACGAGAGCCUGAAGGGGGUGCCGGCUCCACCGAGGCGCAGCGACAGCUACGCAGCCAUCAGGAACCACGAGAGACCCAACUCCUGGUCCAGUCUGGAGCAUGCCCGCUCACUACGGUCUCUGCAGAAAGGUUCCUGGCAUCACUCCAGUGGCCCUGUGGCCUCAAGUGCAGCUAAAGGCUCGUACGGCACCGAGGGCCAGCUCCACACAGUGAUAGAGAAGAGUCCAGAGAGCAGCCCCACCACAAAGCCCCGCCAGGGUGGAGGCUUUCCCCAGCCCCCUUCCCCUACUGGGCCCUCCUCCAGACUUGCCGGCCCCAUCCCUCAGUCUGGCCGGCUCAUUCUGCCCACGGGCGUGUACCCCGUCCCCCAGCUUGAGCCCCACUACGCACAGAUGCCCAGCGCCAGCCAUGGGCCGGACUCCUCGGUAGUCUACCCAGCCCUGGCCAAGGAGAGCGGCCGACAGCAGCAGCAGCUGCUGCAGGGCGACGGAGGGAGAGAGGAAGGGGCGACAGAGAGGCGGAGAGAUGGAAGGAUGUCAGCUACAGAAAACGGAUACCAAAACAACAUUCCUUCUUCACUAUACCCCGAUUCCUCUUCUUCAGCAUCUGCCUCGACACAGCUCAGGCCUCAAGCACACGAGGCAGACAGGCCUCAACAGGAAAAGUGUAACUCUGAACUCGACACACACCACAUGAAAACUGCUGGAGAGGAAUCGGAGGACCAGACAGGGGCCCAAAGGCCUCCAAACCACGAGGGACCUCACAGUCAGAGCUUCCAAGGGUCUCAUGUUCAGACAAGCCAGAGAACCCACAGCCAAGUGUUACAGGAACAGAACCAGGAUUUCCAUAUUGCCCACAUCCAAUCGACUGCUGAAAUCAGGCCUCCAUCCUCACAAGAGCGGAGGGAGCCCUGCACACCUGUCCAGUCCAGGGGAGACAGGAGCAGAUCAAUGGACCAGACCAGCAUUCAUUCAGAACCAAUGGCAUCCUCCAGGCUCCCCCAGGGACAAGUACCUCCUACCCAGUUACCCGUUCACCCUCAGCCUCAGGCUCUGUAUUCCUCCGCCUCCCAGCCUCAUCCCCGUCACCUCAGUGACUCAGCAGCUCUGCAGUACCAGCACUGGGACCACAGAGAGCGGGACAAAGACAGAGAACACCCACUGACCCGUCUGGAGAUCGCCCUUGCUGAGGUUCAGCGAUGCGCCAGCCCCAACAGUGUCAUCUCUACCAGUAGCCAUGGCAACAGCAGCUUUGGCGAUGGCAGCCAGGGACCUGUCCGCACCCUCUCUGUCCUGGAGAAGGUCAGUUGUUUCGAGCGUCGGGAGCGCACCGGAAAGCAGCGCAGUCACACCACUAUCAAGGCACCAGACAAAGUGAGGAUGACUGAGAAAGGCCGCAGCUCCCCCUGUGGAGCAGAUGACCUCAGAAACAUGCUGGAGAGAAGCAAUAGCAGGACCAAAGCCCACAGGACCAUGAGCUACAGAGGAGGCAGCCGGGAACACAUGAAAUACAGGACCCCAGCAGAUCCCAGUUCUGCUCUCCAGAGGAGCCGUAGCACUUUCAAUCUGGACGAAUCCAGGGAGGGUGAAAGCAGGAAAGACUUUCCCCAGAUACAGGACAUCCAAGAGAUGUUGGGCUCCAUGCAGGACACGUCCCUCAACAGAUCUUACAGGGACUCUUUGAAAGACGCCCAGUCCAAGGUCCUGCGGUCCACCUCCUUCAGAAGGAGAGAUGUCAGCUCCUCAAUCAGCUCUUCGCCUCCUGCAGCUCCUUCUCCCUUCUCCUCCUCCAGCAGCCCCCAUACUCCACCUGUCACGGCCAAGCACCAGUCCUUGGAGAAAAAAGGCCCAAAAACCAUGCCCAAACCACAGGGCAUUGUUAUCACGCCACAGUCGCUGCCACCGGUCACUUCCCUUCACACCCCGAAGGAGCGUCACGUGGUCAGCCCGGAGACUCGAGGCCCGAGCCCACCAGCCCUCCCUACUGUCCCACCAGUUGGACCUGCUGCUCUGAUGCGGAUCUGUGGCCGCAAGCGUCUGACAGGUGACCAGAAGAAGCGAUCAUACUCAGAGCCAGAGAACAUGAACGAGGUCGGAGUUACAGAUGCAGAGACUGCUGCCCUCUUCAGGCGUGGAGGAGAGACCAGCGUGGCAGACCGGCGGAAGAUGUUUGAGCUUGUGGCAAGUCGUUUCGGGGGCGGGGCUCUGCAAAGCGCUACGUCAAGGCCCGACUUGCGUCAGCUUCAGCACGAUGCUCUGGCUGAAUACAUGGAGAGGAAGAGAAGCGUGAAAAGAGACAAGGGAGGGCAGAGGAGUGGACUGAGGCCCCGUAGUGCAUAUCUACAGCCUGAAGACAGCAACUAUACAGUCUCCUCCUGUCACUCAGACACACUCAGCCUAUCCUCCAGCUCCAGCCUGCUCUCCCUCCAGGACUCCGGUGCAGAUCGAAUCUUCUCCUUCGGCGAGAGGCGUCUCUGCUCCACCAUCCCUCCUGGAGCUGACCAGCGGAGCCUCCAGUCCAACCUCUUCUACCCGGGCACGGUGACCAUUCCAAGGGCUCCGGCUCACCAGCCUCCUGGUGAUCCAUCUCCUGAGCCCAAGGCCCAGAUCCUCCAGGAUAUCAACCGUGAAGCAGGGCUCAGCAGAGAGAGUCAGUCCUCCAGCAGAGACCUGGGCCUGGACCCCCCACAGCUGGCCUCGGGGCCUCAACUCAACCUGGAACUGUCCAUGCAGCUCAACGGGGCUCUGCAGAGGGCCGGGUCAGCUCGGAUGUCGGCUUCCACUGAGGAUCUCCUGGAGAGAUCCGAGGAGAGACAAAUGACUCCUCAACACCACCGCUCCCGCUCCUCCCCCACAGUAGAGAGACUGAGACAGGACUUCUCUCCAGGUGACGGCGUCUCUGACCCUGGUCGCAGCUCUCUGGCCGAGGACAGACCUGCAGAAGUCGAGCUAUCAGGUGGCCUCUUCUGUCCUCAAUACUCCCAAAACAGUCGGAACACUGUCCAGCCUGCAGGACCUUCACAAGACCCAGGCCCCUCCCACACACCUGUCACUCGUAGGGAGAGACAGAGGAACAGCGAGCGCCCGCGGACCCACAGCACUUCCACCUUGGCGGCCUCUGUUGGCCUGCCCUGCCCCCUCUCCCCACCUGGGACCCAGGACAGAGGCAGCGCUGGGUGGCAUGCUACCGAGAGGCUGAGCCAGGCCAACCUGGAUGCCAUCACCUUCCCAGGCACCCCGCAACCCGGCACAGGUGAUGGUGAUAACACCAACAUUUCUGGCCACAAUGAAACUCUGGUGACGGACAGACAGACAAGGCACAGUUUGAGUGACGGCAGCAUAUUAGAAGACACCGCAAAGGACACGUAUCGAGGGAGAGCCUUCAGUUUAGAGAUGAUAGGAGGGUAUUCUGCGGAAAACGACAAACAGGUUUUGCCAGCGACGCCAGCACAUUUUCAGCGUGCAUCCCCACCAAACAGGAAGGACAGCAGGUGCAUCGCAUCGUCUCCUCCCCCAUCCUCCCAUCCAUCCAUUCCCCAGCACCUGUCGUCUCUUCGGAUCUCCGAGUCGAGUUUCAUUGACCAGCAGCACCCGCUAGAAUCCUCCAUAGGAAUAUCGCAGGAGGACUAUGACGAGGUCUUCCUCCAUAAUCCUCCGUCAACUCCUCCGCCAAUCAAAGAGACAAACAUAUUGGAGGACUUCCCUCCUCCUCCUUCUCCUCCUCCUCCUCCCCUUGAAAUGGAGCAGGAAGCUGCUGUGGGAAGUCCUAGCAUGGAGGUGUCAAACACCUCCACCAUUCCCAACAGGAAGUCAUCCCUCCACUCCCCUCCAAUGUCUCCUUCCUCCUAUGUCUAUCCUUCGCCUGUGCCCGUCCUCCUUCCUUCCAUGAAGUCACAGCUCUCCACCAUAGCCUCCAUCACCACAUCUACCACAACCGAUGACACCCUAGGUCUUGAGUACCAGCCCCUACCCAAGAGGGAAAAGACAUCUGAAGAGUUACGAGUGGAGGCACUGGCUCGGCAGCUGCUGUUGCAGGACAGUUCUCUGGUGCCCCUACUGGAAACCUGGGGGAGUAAAUCCACUGUCGAGCUUAUGGAGGAGAUCUUUCCGAACAGCAGAUUGGUUGGACAACCACCAUGGCAACAUAGGGGCAGUAGCCGAUUUGAUUACAGGAUCCAAGAUGGCGUCUGUGAUCCUGGUCAGAGCACAGCGACGGAUCUGCAUGAGGAAGAGAAAGACCUCAGCACCAGGAAGGUGGAGCUGUGUGAGGCUCUGAGGCGCAGCGUGGCGGCUCUGCGGCAGGAGAAGGAGGCGCUGUGCGAGGAGCAGCGAUGUCACCAGGCGCUGGGGGCCAGCAUCGAAACACUGCUGCAGGAACGCCUGAAGACCAACGAGAGGGACAAGUACAGCGUGUUCAUCGGAGACCUGGAGAGGAUCGUGAACCUGCUGCUGUCGCUCUGCAGCCGGCUGUCGAGGAUCGACAGAUCCCUGCUGGCUCUGGAGAGAGGGGAGCUGACGCAGGAGGACACAGCAGGCGAGAGGGAGUCCCUCCUUCACAAACGUUCUCUGCUCCUCGGACAAACCGAAGACGCCCGGGAGCUGAAGGAGAACCUGGACCGGCGACAGCGCGUGGUCCACACCAUCCUGUCCAGCUACCUUGCCGAGCCGCAGCUCCUGGACUACCGGCGCUUCGUCAGCACUAAACCCUCCCUGUUGAUCCGCCAGCGGCGCAUCGACGACUUCAUACGGCAGGGGGAGGAGCAGCUAGCGCGUCUGGCCGAGAGCCUGCCACAGGAGCUGGCGGAGGCCCGCGGUUGGUCGAGAGGCUGUCCGUUCUCCUCAUCAAGCCCCGCCCAGAGCCCUUCGCUUCUUCCGCCCUCUGUGAUUCCAGGCCCCGCCCACUUUGUCAAGUCCACCACUGUGACGUCAAUGUGAUGUCACGGACAGGUUGCGAUUGCGAGUGGCAGCGAAGGACGGGAAAGACAAGACAAUUGGCUCCCUAAAAGCUCGAGUGAUGCUCUAAACUGAAGGAGCUUUACGUGGAGGAGGAGCCUGAAACUGGCUCCGUUCACACUGAAACAACUAUGCAGACUUCACAUAAUGUGCCUCAUUGUAUUCACACGUGUACUGCACGUUACACCUCAUUUGAACCUGUGCUUAGUGGACUAAACCGACUGCUGCCAACAUUUCUAAUGACCUUCUGCUCUGAAUGGUGAUUUUUAAGGGCCAUCGGUGGUUUUCAGGUCGUAAGUUCAUCGUCGAAUACUACAAAAAGACAAUUCCAGUGUUAUGGAUACUUUUCUGCAGUUUUCCACCUUAUACUUAAUUUCUGUUUGCUCUCAAUAUCUAAAUAUCCCUCUCAGUAAAGACAAAAGCGGCGAUUUAAAGCUGUAAAUGUAAAUUUCAGCUUUAAUUUUUGCUCCAUUUUCCAGAUAGAUUGGAAAGCCAGAGGUCCUCGAUGUUCUCAGCUCCGGACGAGUUUAAUAAUACUGAGCACAAUCCUGGUGCAGACAGGUUAGACAGCAGGUCCAAUUAAAAGUCAAAGGAUAGAUUUUUCUUUUCCCGAUCACUCUGGAGUUGUCCUUUAGCAACCCCGACGGUGCCUUCAGGAACCUCUAACAUUCAGACGUUCUUCCAGAAACUCUUUAUUUCUCAUGACAAGACGAAGGGAGCAGGUGUAUUAAACCUCCCAAAGACAAAAUACUACGUCCUCUUUCGAAUAAGAUAUUAUCUUGUCAAACUCUUUAGAGAUUUUCACUAGACCAGCUCAGCUUUCACACAUGUUAAAAACGUAAUAAAUCAACACCAAAAUUGCAGGGACGCCGUUUCUAAUUUACGACUACAAAAAUAAUCAAAACUCUCAGAAUGUGAGCGAUGGAUCCUGAAGAAGUCACAUGAUACUGUAACACUACUACUGUCACUACUGUCUGUCUGCAGCUCGUAGCACUUUUGUUUUUACUGUAGCAGCUUGACUUCUGUUUGCUGCAGAAUUUACACUGAAUGAUCAACAUAGCUCUACUUGUCAUGGGAUGUCAAAAAAACAAUGGAGAAGUUUAGAUUCCAAAGAUUUUUGUCACAGGAUGAAUCGUUUGCAGACAUCAACUUGGUUUUGAUUUUGAAUUUGAGGUUUUGUUUGUUCCAAAAAUCAAUUAUUCUUUUUUCCCUUUAUUUCAAGUUUAUUUUACAACCGCAACCAUUACCUUCACCUACGAAUAAUCUCUCAGUUAGUUUUGGGUUAGCAGGCAGAUAUUACCUCCAAAAAAGUGAAUAGCAAACACCCCGAUAUACUGUACCAACAGAUAUUUAAUUUAUUAUGACAUGAAACACAGAAAGAAAAUGAAGACAACUAAGCAAUCGUUGACGUUGCUGAUGAACGUGCUGUCAAUCACUGGGUUCAUUAAACUGACUAGUUAUGUCAUUAUGGUUAAACGCCCCACACAGUUUGGGAUUCAGAUCAAGUUUUCCAGGUUCCAAUAAACAUACAGCUUCCCAGUAACAAGCUGCCUCACACCUUUUUCUGAUCACAUUUUAAUUUGAUUUCAUUCGUCCUCCUCUGUCAGAUAAAACAGUGGUUGGUUCUUUAGUCUUCUGAGGAAGUCAUUGUACUGCACUUCCAUAAAGCUGGGGGGGGGGCUUUAGAAUAACAUUGAUUCAAAUCGAAGCAGCGGAGGCGGAAAGUUUCAUGACACAGGCUUUCUGUUCUACAUUUCAAAGCCAAUCAGUGAUGACCCUGAUGACAUCAUUGACAUGGUUAUAUUCCCAGGCUUCUCCUCCUUCUUCUCCACAGUAGAUAUUAUGCACCGGUUUCCACAGACUCAUGAUGAGUAAGCUAAUCUUUAGGUGUAAAAUGAGUUGAUUGCCCCUUUAAUCUUAUUAAACUUUCCACUUAGUGGAUUAUUAAUUGCUGGAAUCAGAACAUAUUUUUUACUGUGGUCCUGAAAAGUUAGAAAUAACUAAGAAAUAGUUUUGCUGGUGAACCCAAAAUCAUAAAUGUUGCAAAUUUGUACUGAGACCAGGUGAUGUAUGUAUGCAAAGGAUAAUGUUCUAUCGCUCAUCACAAUAAUUAUGUUCAAGUUGUUUUGAAGUCAGAUUGCUUUGCAUUGUCUACCUUCAAUUGUGAGAACACUGUCCUCUCUGGGCUCCCGUAGUUUUUCUCAGAACACGUUGUCCCACUCCUCCGUCUGCCAGUGAUGAUCAGGUACACACUGGAGCCAGUUUAUGCUAUGUAGCAGGUGCCAUUUGGCUUCCCUUCUGUUCAGUUAAUCCGGGGAGCAUCAAUAUUUAUUGUUUAACAGCAGCAUCAGUGUGUGGAAUCUAAGAUACACAGAGGGUUUAUACGUAGUUUAAGUACUGACCCGUUUCAUUCUACACCGACAGUACACAUUUCUUUUCACUGUUUUAGUCUCUAGAGCACCUUUUGAAUAUUCUCCGUGUGCCAUACUCUCUGAACACGACAGCACACAGUGCACUUCAUGUCCU